GAGGAAGAGAGGAGAGUAAAUUAGGAAAAAAAGAAAAUUUCAGUGAACAAUCUCGGUGAACGUCUAUCGAAAAUAAAUAUUCGUGCAUCUUUCAUAUUUAUAUGAAACGUUAAGGGUUGUUUAUGUGAACUGAGAUACUUGUUUUAAAGGCAAGAUUUUACUUUGAAAUUAUACCCAAAAGGGUGAAUGUAUAUAUAAAAGGAAAAUAAUUCAUUCAUUUGGUUUCAUUGAAUGGAUUGAACUUUUCAUUGUUUUGAGGGAUUAAUAAGAAGGGAAGAUUUUCCAAGGUCGAAUUCUAUAUCAUCAAGACGAAUUCAUGCAUGUUCCUGACCCUGAUGCGAGAAACCACGCCGGAAUACCAAGGUCGUUUGCGAUCGAUCAGCGUGGCGUCUACUGCCACGUGACUGACUGACUCUGACUCUGAUUGAUCGUCUACCUCUCGUUUCAAUCUUAACCUUCUGUGUCAAAGAUCGUUUUCAACGAUUUAUUGAGAAUUCAAAGUUACCUUAAGGUCGUAAUAAUCAGUCUUGACCUUACCUCAUACGACAACAAAAAAUUCAAAGAAACUUUUGCUCACUUUUUAUCUCACGUUCGUGGAUUAUUAAUCAAAUAUCAUCUCAUCUUCUACGAGUAACACGAUUCUCGUUAACAUUAAUCGAAAAAUAAAAGUCUUUAAAUAACAUUGUUCUUUAUUAUUGUUUUUAUUUCUCUUGCGUGAAUGGUUUUCAACAAUUACGUGGAGAACGUGUAGACAAGUUUUGAAAAAGAAAAAGAUAAAAAAAAUUGUUGGAUAAAUCUUUCACCAAGAAACUUACGUUUGUUUUCUUCUCUAUUAUCUUGUAGUGAGUGUGCAAAAAUCGAAAAUUAACGUCAGUUAGAUCAACUUUUUGGUCGAACUAAGAACUUCUUCGUGUCUCUUCACGUGGACGUUUAAGAAAAAAAAAAAGAAACAAAAAGAGAACCCAUCGUAAAAAGAAGAAAAGACAAAAGGUGUUAGCAAGGAAAGAAAGAAAGAAGAUAAGAUAAGAUAGUAAGUAAGAAGGGUUGAACUGACAGUAAGGAAGGGCUUGUGACGUGCAGUGCGAUCGGUGUGAAGGAGAUUUGAGAGACUUGAAGGAUCCAGUUACGACGUGACAUGACGAGAGACUUAUAAACGCCGAAAGCUGUGAGAAAAAGAAGAAAAAUAACAGAAAGAAGAAGAAAAGAAGAGUUGGUUGGACCGAUAAGUUUGGUGAACCUUAGCGAAUUGGAAUCUCCCUGCGUCAACGUGAUUGGUGUUAGUUUAUCCUCCGUGAAAGCGAUACUCCGGCAAGGAGUAAUCAUCGAAGUACAUGAGAAAAGGACAUGAACUACUCGCAAGGGAAGGGACGGCUUUACCCGGCCUACAGUCUGAGUGGCAGCGAGGGUGAGGAUAAUUCCCCUAGUCUGCGUGGUCGUAGUUCAGCCUAUCCUCAAAAUAAUCAUCAGACCACCCAGUCACAUCUCAAUCACUAUAACGCUAGUCAGCACAAGCAACGUGCUUACCAGCAGCAGCAACAACAACAGCAACAACAACAACAGCAACAGCAACAACAACAGCAGCAACAACAGCAGCAACUGCAGCAACAGCAUCCCCUUUAUUAUAUGCCCGGCAGUGGUGCCGGACUCAGCGACACACCGACAUCGGGUAACGCUUCUGACGAAACCCUCACCGACAGCGAUCUGAUCACCGCUGCUCGUGACUGUGCCCUGCUCGUUCAUAACGGUAAGUGA